AUGUCAUUUCAGAUGAGUCUUGUGAAUGAUUCUCCAGUACACUCGUCAAACAGCAAGGACUUUGCUGCAUUUCUUGAUGCAGAGUUGAAUUCUAUUUUUGACACAUCACCUGACCUAGAUGGCGAGGUCGAGGACAAGGACGAUAAUGAGGAUGAUUCUAAGCCCAAUAUUGAGAGGAUUGGUUUCCCAAUGCUCACUAUGAAUGUUUUAAAUAUAAAUGUUAUAUUUUUCAAUAUGACCAACUUUAAUCCUUUGUCCAAAAUUCUUGAUGAUAAUCGUUUGACUGGAUCAAACUAUGUGAACUGGAAGAGAUAUUUAACAAUUGUCCUCACUGCUGAAAAACUAAACCAUGUCCUAACUACUGAUCCACCUGCGCUUCCUGAGGCUGAUGCCACUGAUGAACAACGUGAGGCUGUUGGGAAGUGGCAUGAGGCAGAUGAUGUUGCAAAAUGCUACAUAUUGGCCUCAAUGACCAAUGUGUUGCAAAAGCAGCAUAAGGAUGUUCCUACUGCAAAAGACAUGAUGGUUAACUUGAAAGAAAUGUUUGGAGAACAAAGCAGAAGUGCACGCCAAGCAGCCAUGAAAGGUUUGAUGUCCACUAAAAUGGUGGAAGAUAUUGAUGGUGAAACUAAAAUUGAUGCGAUACUUUCAUCUUUACCAGAUUCUUAUAAUCAGUUUAUUUUAAAUUACAAUAUGAAUAAGAUGAUUGUUGCACCAUCAGAGCUGCUCAAUAUGUUGCAAGCAGCAGAGGAUCUUAUUAAAAAGAGCCAACCCACUGUGAUGAUGGGUGAGAAGGAAGGUCCUAGAAAAUUCAAGCCUAAGGGCUAG